GCGGGACAAGCGGCGAGUCCAUGUGGGCGCCGGCGCAGCGCGGCGCAGCGCGGGGUUGCCAUGGCGGAGGUGCAGCAGCUCCGCGUGCAGGAGGCGGUGGACUCCAUGGUGAAGAGUGUGGAGAGAGAGAACAUCCGGAAGAUGCAGGGCCUCAUGUUCCGGUGCAGUGCCACCUGCUGUGAAGAUAACCAGGCGUCCAUGCAACAGGUGCACCAGUGCAUCGAGCGCUGCCAUGCACCUCUGGCUCAAGCACAGGCCUUGGUGACCAGUGAGCUGGAAAAGUUCCAGGACCGCCUGGCCCGAUGCACCAUGCAUUGUAAUGACAAAGCCAAAGAUUCAAUAGAUGCAGGGAAUAAGGAGCUUCAGGUAAAACGGCAGCUGGACAGUUGUGUGACCAAGUGUGUGGAUGACCACAUGCACCUCAUCCCAACUAUGACAAAGAAGAUGAAGGAGUCUCUCUCAUCCAUUGGAAAAUAAAAGUCUUUGCUAGUGACCAUGGGACUUGGGGCAGGGAAUCUAUUUAAUAAGAGAAAUGGGAAUAAUCUUAGUCUUUUAAGCAAAGUUUAAAAUGAAGAAACUAAGGAUGGUAACAAGUUUCGGGCAUAUUUCACUUGCCUGUGGACCCUGGUUCUUUUGUGUUUUAAUUAUAGAAAGUGAAAUGGAAAACAUUGGUGCUAAAAUUUCAGUCAUGAUAGAAUGGGAGAGUGUUCUAGAGCCUAAAUUUCAUAUGGCAAGUGCUUUUCUUGGCAGUAGAGGUCUCCAUGUACCAAGCCAGAGAUCCUCCACGUACCAAAUUGUUCUUAUUACACAAGAUGGCAUUUUCCUAUAACCCAACUCUAAUCUGGUGAAGUUUGAGGGUGGUGUGUCUAUUGCCCACUCCUGUUUACUGUAAGUAUCACAACACUAAUUUCCAUGAAUUGUAAAGCAAAUUCCAGCGGAUGAUUAAUUUAGAAGGGGAAAAAAUGCUUCUGGAUCUUUAGUUUUGCUUGGUUUUGUUUUAUAUACAAGAACAUGAGAUUUAAGAUACAGACUUGGAAGAAAUAAUAGUUUGAAUGGGAACUUAAAUGGUUCCUUUUGCCAUUAAGAUAUAAAUUUGAAAUUCUGACAUUGCAUUUUUCAGCCUACAGACUUCCUCCACUAGCUAAUAACCCCUGAGGCUUUUUGUAGCAGAUUGAUGGGAUGGUCUUGACAGUGAUACUUCCCAUUGCAAGGAAAAGAGAUACAUAAAUACAGCAUUCAGUAAUAAACACUAAAAUAGGAACUAUUGUCUAGUUGAGAGAACUGUAACAUACUAGAACCCAAAAGCCCUCAAUUUUGUAGAACAAAUAGAAUACAAGCCUAAACCCAGCAUUAUUUACUUAGCCCCUGAAUUAAGAGCCUAAUUGAUACCAUCCUGUGGGCACAGAAAGUUCAAAAAUUAAGCAACUUAAGCU